GUACAAUGAAUAUAUAUAAAACGAACACAUGAUCACAUUUUCUUUAUUUCCACGGUGUCUAUUGUACGUUACGUUGUGGAGUUGUAGUCGCGUUUUGGAUUCAGCUUGAAAAUGCGUGAAUGUAUAUCAAUGCAUCUUGGCCAGGCGGGUGUGCAGAUGGGGAAUGCAUGCUGGGAGCUGUACUGCUUAGAACAUGGUAUUCAACCAGAUGGGCAGAUGCCAAGUGAUAAAACUGUUGGAGGUGGUGAUGAUUCCUUCAACACAUUUUUCAGCGAGACUGGGGGUGGCAAGCACGUGCCACGUGCCAUCUUUGUGGACUUGGAACCAAGCGUAGUAGACGAGGUACGCACUGGUACCUACCGCCAACUAUUCCACCCCGAACAGCUCAUCACCGGUAAAGAAGAUGCCGCUAACAACUACGCACGUGGUCACUACACAAUUGGUAAAGAACUGAUUGAGUUGGUCCUAGACAGAGUCCGUAAACUUGCCGAUCAAUGUACCGGUCUACAGGGAUUUCUCAUCUUCCACAGCUUCGGUGGUGGCACUGGUUCCGGUUUCACAUCGCUGUUGAUGGAACGUCUGUCCGUGGAUUAUGGCAAGAAAUCGAAAUUAGAGUUUGCCAUCUACCCUGCUCCACAGAUCGCUACUGCUGUCGUAGAGCCUUACAACUCUAUUCUAACUACCCACACGACACUGGAGCACUCUGACUGCGCCUUUAUGGUUGACAACGAAGCAAUCUACGAUAUUUGUCGUCGCAAUCUUGACAUUGAACGUCCAUCGUACACAAAUUUGAAUCGCCUUAUUGGCCAAAUCGUCUCUUCCAUUACGGCUUCUCUUAGAUUCGAUGGUGCCCUCAACGUAGACUUGACGGAAUUUCAGACCAAUCUAGUUCCGUAUCCUCGUAUUCAUUUCCCAUUGGCUACCUAUGCUCCAGUGAUCUCUGCUGAAAAGGCCUACCAUGAGCAACUCUCGGUGUCCGAAGUGACCAAUUCCUGUUUCGAGCCUUCCAAUCAGAUGGUUAAAUGUGAUCCUCGCCACGGAAAGUAUAUGGCAUGCUGCAUGUUGUAUCGUGGCGAUGUUGUUCCAAAAGAUGUCAACGCUGCUAUUGCGGUUAUCAAAACCAAACGCACAAUACAGUUCGUCGAUUGGUGUCCAACUGGUUUUAAAGUGGGUAUCAACUACCAACCACCAACGGUCGUUCCAGGUGGCGACUUGGCCAAAGUACAGCGAGCUGUCUGCAUGUUAAGCAACACCACGGCCAUCGCGGAGGCAUGGGCCCGUCUUGACCACAAGUUCGAUUUAAUGUACGCCAAACGCGCUUUUGUCCACUGGUAUGUCGGUGAGGGUAUGGAGGAAGGGGAGUUCUCGGAAGCACGCGAAGACUUGGCUGCAUUGGAAAAAGACUACGAAGAAGUUGGCGUGGAUUCUGUCGACAAUGAAGAAGGCGAGGAAGAAGGCGAAGAAUAUUAAAAUUGUACAAAUUUAAAAUUGCCAACAAAUAAUUGUAAAUAAAUACAUUGAUAUAUAAA